UGAUAGGCUCGUUCCGUUCCUAUCUUUUCACCCAUAUUUUGGGUGUUAAUUGUCUAAUUUUUAUAAUUAAUCGGGUGACUAUUGGGGGUUUUGAAUGAAAAUUUGUAAUUUUUCGGUCCCGGUGCCAUUCAUUUUCAGUUUAGUAUUUGUCUACACAAUUUGACAUUUUUGGAGUAAUUUGAUUGUAAAAUUACAUAUUUUUACCGGAUGUGGUUAGUUGUGAUUGUACAGACUGAAUUUUGCGGUGAAUGUCACGUUAUGUUCGGCUGAACAGAUUGAAGUUUUUUUUUAGAAUAAUUAAGUUCAGCCCAAAAGAGAAAAAAAUAGCAGCAGCCCAAAACAAAAAGGGAAAAAAAGAGUUGGGGUUUCCCCGGGGCACAUUCAUUCACGAAGAACAAAAACAAGCAACCGUAGAUUUUUUUUUUGGGGGGGGGGGGGGGGGGUUCCUUCUGCACCUUGUCACUUAGUCACGCACUAGCAGAUUUUUAUUUCCUUCUCAUGAGGACCAACCGCAGCAGCAACUAGACCAACCUGCAAUUCUUUGUCCUGUUCUAUGGAAGUAGCCGCACCAGAAGUAAAGAAACUUAGAACAGUUUCUAAACUCCAAUCUUCCUUCAAUUUCUUCCAAGUUUAUUUAGAUUCCAAACAUUCACCGUAAGUUAAAUACAUUUUACAUUACUUGUUCUCAAUUUACGAUAUAAUUUCGGAGUUAUUUUUCUCCCACUGAUAAUUUAGUAUUCCCAAACGAUUAUUUUACUUCAGUUUUUUUUCAAGGCCUUUAUCAUGCUUAAUUAUAUUAUUGUGAUGUUAAUUUUAAGUAUGAGUAGCUAAUUUCAUAAAGGGUUUGAAUUGGGGCUAGGGUUCAUGGGUUCUUGAGGGUGUGAAUUUAGUUUUUGAAAUUCAAUUAAUUUUCUGGAAAAUUGUAUAAGAUUACUCUUAAUUGCCUAUAUGAAUUUGAUCGCCUCAUAUAUGAAUGUUUGGAUUUAAUUCAAUUCUUGUCUAUGGAAUUUGCGUUAAAUUAGCUUGGAUCUUAUACAAGCAAUCUGAUCUUAGAAAUAAGUUAGGAUUGUGAUAAUAUAUUUUAAUUCUUAUCUUUGAGAAUUGAUUUCAUUUUCUAUCCAGGAUUAAUUGAAAAUUAAUUUACUUAAUUUUAAUCCCGAAAGAACACCCAGAACCCAAACCAUUCAAUUUGAACCCUGUUUUAAUAUCUAGAAUCAGGUAAAAAAAAACUUACUCUAUUUAUUUUUUUGCACUCGUUGUUAGUUAGUUUACUUUUUUUUAAUCACCUGAAAACAAUUUAUUCGGAAAGAUUACCAUGACUUGUGCUAGCCUGUGAUCACGGACAGUAUUUAAAACUUCCUUUUUGCCACUCCUUGAGAGACGAUACUCGUGGUCUGGUUAUUCUACGUAUUAACCAACUACGUUUUACUCACUAAAAAAAAUACAGCGAUCAAAUGGCGCCGUUGCCGAGGAGUGGCACGGUUGUUUGUUAAGUACUUUCUGUGGAAUAGGUAAAAGCAAGUCGGUGAGACUUUCUAUUUCUUUUCUGUUAUUUGUUUUUGUUUUUGGUGUUCUUUGCACGUGAACUAAGCUGCAGGAACCAGUGCAUGCACACUCGCUCCUUGGGGGAACAAGACUUAAUUGCAGGUUAUUCAGAUCCUGAACGCUUAUUCCGAGGAAGAGCUAAAAGGCGGUUGCUAGAAGACUUGAACAAAAUGGCCGAUGAGACAACUCUGGAGAAGUUGACGCCUAACUAUGUGGCGAGAAAUAGCAUUGGUGCACCCACCAUUGAGGCCAACAAUUUUGAAAUCAAGCCGGCCAUGAUGCAGAUGCUUGCUAAUAAUCCAUUCUGCGGAUACACCCAUGAAGAUCCAAUGGAACAUAUUGAGAGCUUUAUUCAGACAUGUGCCACAUUCAAAUACAAUGGGGUAUCCAGCGAGGCGGUGAGGUUGACCUUAUUUCCAUUCUCGUUGAGAGACAAGGCAUCACGGUGGCUCCGUAGCUUUCCAAACGGGCAUUUUGAUACAUGGGAGAAGCUUCAUCAGGCAUUUAUGCAGGAGUACUUUCCUCCCUCUGCCGCUAUCAAAGUUCAGAGAGAAAUUCUCAACUUCACCCAAGCUCUGACAGAGACUUUCAGUGAAGCAUGGGAUAGGCUUAAGACGCUGAGAAGGAAGUGUCCAGAAACAUUCAUGAAUUCAGCAACCAUUAUGUGCAGAUUUUAUAAUGGUCUUCGGCUGGAGUAUAUGAGAGAACUAGACCGGGCAUCUUAGGGGGCUAUGUUUCUAAAAUUGUCCCCAGAGGCAGAAGAGCAGAUAAUAGAGAAUUUGGCUUCAAAUGAUAAAUAUUGGUACGCGGGCAAGGAGAGAGCUCAAAAUCCACCUGGUCUGCUCAAUUUAGAUCCCAUCACUGCACUCACAGCGAAGAUCGAGGGACUGGCAGUGGAUGUCAAAGACUUGAAGGCACAGACCUCUCAGCAGCAACAUGUUCACAAUAUUGGGGCAUAUCAGCCCUCUUAUCCUAUGUAUUCUGCCCCACUUCCAGUUCGAGCAAGUUAUCCAAGUCCAACUGGCCAAGAACUAGCUUUAUCUUGCGAAAUGUGCAUGGGAGCUCACCUCACUCACACCUGCCCUCUUUAUGUUCAGAAUCAGGCAGCUCCAGUGGUCCGUGAUGUGAAUUUCAUGGAAUACGGUCAAGGCCAAAGAGCUGGUGGGCAGUUUUUCAACAAUCAAGUUCAGAGAGGAAACUUUCAGCAAGGAGGAGGCUCGUGGAGACCUGAAAAUCAGAAUCAGGGGCAGCGGAAUGCUCCCAAUUACCAAGCAAAUUUUCAGAAUAGAGGCAAUCCAAAUCAGCCCACUUAUGUCCCGCCUCACCAAAGACAGCUUGAACCACCUCCGAUAAAUGCAGCGCUAGAGAAAACAGUGGCUGAAUUAGCCAAAAAUCAAGCGGAGAUGCACCAGCGUUUCAGAAACCUAGAAGCUCUUAUCCGUCAGCUUGGUUCAGUUGCUCCUAGAGAACCAGGCAGCCUUCCGAGUUCAACAGAACCCAAUCCAAGGGAGCAAGUGCAGGCCGUUACACUACGUAGUGGGAAGAUCCUUACAGAAGUUAAUACUCCACCAUUGCCUCAACAAAAUGAUGACCAACGACAUCAAGACCCGAAAUCCCAGGAGGUUGAAGAAGAACCAGUGGUUGUCCCUAUUCCUUCCAGGAGUAAUGAAGCUCAGAAAGAAGAUUCUCUGAAGAAAGAGAAGAGUAAGACGACUCCACCUCUCCCAUUCCCUACACGGGUGAAGAGAAGCAAUGAUAACACGAACCUGAUUAGAUUUAUGGAGCAUCUGAAGCAGCUUCAUAUUAAUGUCCCAUUCAUAGAAGCUUUGACGGAGAUGCCGAGGUACGCAAAAUUUCUGAAGGAUCUCCUCACGAAAAAAAAGGUGGGAAGAGCCGGAAGUGGUGGAUCUUAAUGCGGAAUGUUCAGCAGUUGUUCUGAAGACUAUGCCUCCGAAGCUAAAAGACCCAGGGAGUUUUACUGUACCUUGUUCUAUUGAAAAUUUUAUGUUUAAUAAUGCUUUAGCUGAUUUAGGAGCUAGCAUCAAUCUGAUGCCUUCCUCUGUGGUCAUGAAACUUGGCUUGGGUGAACUAAAGCCCACUCGUAUGAGCCUUCAGCUAGCGGACCGAUCGGUGAAAUAUCCGAAAGGAAUUCUAGAGGAUGUAUUAGUACGGGUGGACAAGUUCAUAUUCCCUGUUGAUUUUGUGGUCAUGGACAUGGAGGAAGAUCGUGAGACUCCACUUAUUUUAGGGAGGCCCUUUCUGGCUACUGCUAGGGCCCUUGUCGAUGUUGCUGCUGGUUCACUUUCUCUGAGAGUUGGGGACGAUGUGUGCACUUUUAAACUCUCAGAGGUGAUGAGUAAGGCCUCAGACCCCGCUGAAUCAUGCCAUUAUCUUGAUAUGUUUGAGUCAGUGGAGGGGUAUUUAUUUGGAGGUGAUAGUGAUAUUACCCCACCUGUUAGUGACAUUCAUUAUGUGGGGGAUAUGGUGGCUGAAAAUGAAGAAGAAAUGACUGUUGACUACGAGCAGGUGAUUAGGAAUGAUGAUUUCCCUACGUUGCUUACUGAGUUUGAGGAGCAGCCCACCGAUAAGGUUACUCCUUAACUCAAACCGCUCCCUAGUCACCUGGAGUAUGCAUUUUUAGACACACAGGGCCAACACCCUGUCAUUAUUUCAGCCCAGUUAGAGUCGGGACAGAAGGAAAAAUUGAUGGAUGUCCUUAGGUGUCACAAGCAAGUCAUUGCGCGUAAGCUUGAGGAUCUUCGUGGGAUUAGCCCAACCUUCUGUACCCACAAAAUCAAGUGUGAGGAGGGGUAUAAACCAGUCGUGCAACCGCAACGACGUUUAAACCCCAAGAUGAUGGAAAUGGUAAAGGCAGAAGUCCUGAGGCUUUUGGAUGUGGGUAUAAUUUACCCAAUUUCAGAUAGCCAAUGAGUUAGCCCUACUCACGUGGUCCCCAAGAAGGGGGGUAUGACGGUGAUUCAGAAUGAGAAGGGGGAACUCCUACCUAGUAGGACGGUGACUGGGUGGCGGAUGGUCGUUGAUUACCGUAAACUAAAUGAAGCCACUCGGAAGGAUCAUUUCCCCUUACCUUUUAUUGAUCAGUUGAUUGAGAGUUUGGCAGGGCAUGCUUAUUAUUGUUUCCUUGACGGGAUGAGCGGGUACUUUCAAAUACACGUUGAUCCCGUUGACCAGGAAAAGACCACUUUUACUUGCCCAUUUGGGACAUUUGCAUUUCGUAGGAUGUCUUUUGGUCUAUGCAAUGCUCCUGCCACAUUUAUGCGUUGCAUGAUUGCUAUCUUUGAGAAGUUUAUUGGUGAUUUUAUGGAGGUUUUUAUGGAUGACUUCUCUAUUUUUGGGGAGUCAUUUGAUGAAUGCCUCCAUAAUUUAGAGAAAGUGUUGAUUAGGUGUGAGGAGACCCACUUGGCCUUGAGUUGGGAAAAGUGUCACUUCAUGGUCAAGGAGGGUAUUGUGCUAGGUCAUAAGGUGUCAUCUAAGGGUAUUGAGGUUGACAAGGCAAAAAUUGAGGCCAUUGAGAAACUCCCGCCUCUAACAACCGUAAAGGCUGUCCGUAGCUUUCUUGGGCACGCCGGCUUCUACCGUCGCUUUAUUCGGGAUUUCUCAAAAAUAGCCAAACCUCUCACCCGUUUGCUUGAGAAAGAUGCUGAUUUUUUGUUUGAUGAUGAAUGUUUGCUUGCUUUUAAGUGUUUGAAACUUAAGUUGAUGGAAGCUCCAGUUUUAGUUUCUCCAGAAUGGGAAAUCUCUUUUGAGCUAAUGUGCGAUGCUAGCGAUCAGGUGGUCGGGUCCAUUCUUGGCCAACGGAAAGAUAAUCACUUCCGCCCCAUCUAUUACGCUAGCAAAACCUUAGCGGGACCCCAAUUGAAUUAUACCACUACAGAGAAAGAGCUUCUAGCUAUUGUGCAUGCUUUGGAGAAGUUUAGGUCGUAUAUUAUUUUAUCUGAAGUAAUUAUCUACACCGAUCAUUCGGCGUUGAGAUAUUUAUUUCAGAAGCACGACUCUAAACCUAGACUUCUCCGUUGGAUUUUGUUGUUGCAGGAAUUUAACAUAGAGAUUAGGGACCGAAGGGGUUCCGCCAAUCAAGCAGCUGAUCACUUAUCACGAUUAGAUGCUGACUUGGUAGACUCUUUCGGUAAUGAGGUUAUUGAAGAACUUUUUCCUGAUGAACGUCUUUUGCAGGUUGAGAUUGGAUCUGAGGUACCCUGGUAUGCAGACAUAGCCAACUACUUAGUAGGCAAUGUUGAGCCUAGCGGGCUAUCUCGACACAUGUUAAAAAAGUUUCUGUCCGAUGCUAAGUAUUAUUUCUGGGAUGAUCCUUAUUUGUUCAGGAUUUGUGCUGACCAGGUAGUACGAAGGUGCAUUCCUGAGGAUGAAAUGAAUGAGAUUCUUUACCAUUGUCAUGCUGGCCCCACUGGGGGGCAUUUUUCUGGUAAUAGGACAACAAGAAGAGUGUUAGAGUGUGGGUAUUACUGGCCCACGUUGUUCAAAGAUGCGAAUUCUUAUGUUGCCUCAUGCGAUAGGUGUCAACGGGUAGGAAAUAUUUCUAAACGAGAUGAGAUGCCCCAGACAUAUCUAUUGCCUUGUGAAGUUUUUGAUGUCUGGGGGAUUGAUUUUGUAGGCCCGUUCCCUAGCUCAAGAGGCAAUAAAUUUAUUUUAGUCGCUAUUGAUUAUGUGUCGAAAUGGGUAGAGGCUAUUGCGAGCCCUACUAAUGAUGCUAGAGUGGUUGUGCGUUUUGUAAAAAAAUUAUUUUCUAGGUUUGGAGUCCCCAAAGUUUUGAUUAGUGAUCGAGGAAGCCAUUUUCGUAAUGAUCCGCUAGCUCGUGUUUUGUCUAAAUAUGGGGUUCAACAUCGGCAAGGAGUAGCCUACCACCCCCAAACUCAGGGGCAAGUAGAGAAUGCAAAUCGGGAUCUUAAGGCUAUCCUAGAAAAAGCUGUAGCGCAAACUCGUAAGGAUUGGUCAGAAAAAUUAGAUGACGCGCUAUGGGCUUUUAGGACAGCUUAUAAGACUCCGAUUGGUACUACUCCUUUUCGAUUAGUUUAUGGGAAGUCUUGUCAUUUACCUGUGGAGGUAGAGCAUAGGGCACUCUGGGCUUUAAGGACUGUUUGUCUUGAUUCAUCUAGUGCAGGUAAGGAGCGGUUCUUUCAGGUGAAUGAAUUGGAUGAGUUGAGGGCUCGGGCCUUUCAUAAUUCAUACUUAUACAAAGAGAGAGUAAAACAAGCUCAUGACAAGCACAUUAAGGCAGACCGCCAGUUUGCAGAGGGGGAGAAGGUGUUGUUGUAUAAUUCAAGGUUGAGACUUUUUCCUGGGAAGCUGAAGUCCCGAUGGACGGGACCAUACAUUGUACGUCGAGUUUAUCCCUAUCGAAGUGUGGAGAUUGAGCAUAAUGACGGCCGGGUUGUCAAGGUCAACGGCAACCAACUCAAGCACUAUUUUGGGGGAAUGUUUGAAAAGCAGAAGGAGGUUUUAAGCCUCGAACCCGUCUUUGAAUGAGAUUUUAUCGUCAAGCUAGUGACGUUAAAGAAGCGCUUCUGGGAGGCAACCCACAAAAAAAACUGAAAAAAAAAAUUAAAAAAAAAGGAAUUAGGAGUUUAGUAUCUCUUGUUUAUGCAUUUUUUUGUCUUUGUUUUUGUGUUUUCAUCUUGUGCUUGUGCGCUUGGAUUUCUUUUCUUUGAAUUGUAGAUAUGACAUGGACUGGUGUGGAAGAAGAAGUGUAGCCCUAUAUAAAUGGAGCUCCUAAAGGAUACUGGCUACCAACUCCCGUUUACUUUACAGAAGGUCCGUGGAGACCCGGCAGCAGACACUUUCAAGGCCAAUAGUUGGAGACAGUAAUUGGAGACUUACGCAUGCUCCAGGAGUGAAACCAGCUGCCAUGCACCAUGGAGUUCGUGAGCUCUUUCGCUGUCCGCAGGAGCACCGCUGUUUAGAAGAAGAAGCGACGACAAGCACAAUCAUCAAGUGCAAUUUGAUGGGACAUGACUUUGAUGGCAGUUUUUGGAUGGUGGUUGAUUUUUGAGGGCCGAAUCAGCUGCCCGCUGACAGUAGACCAUUGUUUAUUGGGCCUUGGUUCACCACACUUUGGACAAACUGCCCAGCCUCAGUAUUAUUGCAGCAUUCCAGUGGCAGGAUUCAGCGGCAUCUACACAUCUAGGAGAGUCAUUUCACCUUGCAGAUCAUGGUUCUAAGACCGAAUAUCUCACCACCAGAGACCGAGGGGCUAUCAGAUGCUGAGUUUUAUGUUAAGCUGGAGGUUAUUCACUGCAGUUUGGCUUAUACGGUAACCUGUCAACUCUAACUACGCUGCUGAAAAUGUGUGCUUACUAUCAUAUUACUCCUUUGUUGAUUUGUGUUGAUUAUUAUUCUGAUUAUGAUGUGUUGCCGGGCUAAAAAUCAUUUUACUCGUUAAUUUGCCCCUGUUAUUUUUGUUUUAAUCUUUUCUUUGACCUCGAGGGCGAUGUCACCCCUAAGUGUGGGGAGGUUUGGUUUUAGCUUGGACAUGACAUUUGGUGAUGAAGUUAUUCUGUCCGAAAACAUUUUGAGGUGCAUGAGGUUCUUUUUUCUAGUUUAGCAACACAACAAAGGUAACUUGUUAAUCUUUAUUUUCUUUUGUAAUCUUCCGUCUCCUCCAUCUUUCUUGGAAAGAAUUAGUAAUGGUGUAAUCAUCAGGGUGGUGUGUAUAUUCUUGGGAAUGUUGGCAGGUUAGAUGGUUUGAUUUGUGUUGAUUAAAUUCGGUUUUACUCGUGAUUCACUAGUUUGUCAUCAAUAAUUGCUUGAUUGGUCAGGUGUUGAAAAUCCUUACUCCAUAAGGAGCUCUGCUUUCUAAGCAUAUCGGGAUAAAUUCAUGCUAAACAGGCAACUGAUUCUUGUUAUGGGGUUACACUUCGUGUGUCGAGAAUUUCAUCUCCGGAAAGGGACUCUGCUCAUCUCACGAAUCACCCCGUGUGAGAGUUGAGUAUGCAUAGUAAUGAGAUAAACUCCCAGGCCCUAUAGCUAGAAUCGGCCCCGUAAUCCACAACCUCGCCAACUUUUCAAAAAAAAAAUGAAUCACGAGCAUACCGGUUUUAUCACACAAUUCUUGGGUUUUUGGAAUGAUUGGUGGUUUGGAUUUCACACACCUACACCAUUGGGACCAUAAUUCUUUUCUCUACAUUUUAGUCGGUUGGAGAGGGAUUUUACUUUUGAUAAUAUUGUUUAACAUGUGAAUCUUGGUUUCGUUGUUAAGAAAGAAAAGACCUUGUGCAAUCAUUUGUUUUGGGUGUGAAUGAUUUUUGAACCAGGUGUUACAUGUGAUUAUUUUGUUUUCGUGGUUUUAAUGCACUGUUGCUUGGGGGCAAGCAACGCUCAAGUGUGGGGAGAUUGGUUUGGUUUUAGCUUGGACAUGACAUUUGGUGAUGAAGUUAUUCUGUCCGAAAACAUUUUGAGGUGCAUGAGGUUCUUUUUUCUAGUUUAGCAACGCAACAAAGGUAACUUGUUAAUCUUUAUUUUCUUUUGUAAUCUUCCGUCUCCUCCAUCUUUCUUGGAAAGAUUUAGUAAUGGUGUAAUCAUCAGGGUGGUGUGUAUAUUCUUGGGAAUGUUGGCAGGUUAGAUGGUUUGAUUUGUGUUGAUUAAAUUCGGUUUUACUCGUGAUUCACUAGUUUGUCAUCAAUAAUUGCUUGAUUGGUCAGGUGUUGAAAAUCCUUACUCCAUAAGGAGCUCUGCUUUCUAAGCAUAUCGGGAUAAAUUCAUGCUAAGCAGGCAACUGAUUCUUGUAAUGGGGUUACACUUCGUGUGUCGAGAAUUUCAUCUUCGGAAAGGGGCUCUGCUCAUCUCACGAAUCACCCCGUGUGAGAGUUGAGUAUGCAUAGUAAUGAGAUAAACUCCCAGGCCCUAUAGCUAGAAUCAGCCCUGUAAUUCACAACCUCGCCAACUUUUCAAAAAAAAAAAAUUGAAUCACGAGCAUACCGAUUUUAUCACACAAUUCUUGGGUUUUUGGAAUGAUUGGUGGUUUGGAUUUCACACACCUACACCGUUGGGACCAUAAUGCUUUUCUCAACAUUUUAGUCGGUUGGAGAGGGAUUUUACUUUUGAUAAUAUUGUUUAACAUGUGAAUCUUGGUUUCGUUGUUAAGAAAGAAAAGACCUUGUGCAAUCAUUUGUUUUGGGUGUGAAUGAUUUUUGAACCAGGUGUUACAUGUGAUUAUUUUGUUUUCGUGGUUUUAAUGCACUGUUGCUUGGGGGCAAGCAACGCUCAAGUGUGGGGAGAUUUGAUAGGCUCGUUCCGCUCCUAUCUUUUCACCCAUAUUUUGGGUGUUAAUUGUCUAAUUUUUAUAAUUAAUCGGGUGACUAUUGGGGGUUUUGAAUGAAAAUUUGUAACUUUUCGGUCCCGGUGCCAUUCAUUUUCAGUUUAGUAUUUGUCUACACAAUUUGACAUUUUUGGAGUAAUUUGAUUGUAAAAUUACAUAUUUUUACCGGAUGUGGUGAGUUGUGAUUGUACAGACUGAAUUUUGCGGUGAAUGUCACGUUAUGUUCGGCUGAACAGAUUGAAUUUUUUUUUUGAAUAAUUAAGUUCAGCCCAAAAGAGAAAAAAAUAGCAGCAGCCCAAAACAAAAAGGGAAAAAAAGAGUUGGGGUUUCCCCGGGGCACAUUCAUUCACGAAGAACAAAAACAAGCAGCCGUAGAUUUUUUUGGGGGGAAUUCCUUCUGCACCUUGUCACUUAGUCACGCACUAGCAGUUUUUUAUUUCCUUCUCAUGAGGACCAACCGCAGCAGCAACUAGACCAACCUGCAAUUCUUUGUCCUGUUCUAUGGAAGUAGCCGCACCAGAAGUAAAGAAACUUAGAACAGUUUCUAAACUCCAAUCUUCCUUCAAUAUCUUCCAAGUUUAUUUAGAUUCCAAACAUUCACUGUAAGUUAAAUACAUUUUACAUUACUUGUUCUCAAUUUAGGAUAAAAUUUCGGAGUUAUUUUUCUCCCACUGAUAAUUUAGUAUUCCCAAACGAUUAUUUUACUUCAGUUUUUUUUCAAGGCCUUUAUCAUGCUUAAUUAUAUUAUUGUGAUGUUAAUUUUAAGUAUGAGUAGCUAAUUUCAUAAAGGGUUUGAAUUGGGGCUAGGGUUCAUGGGUUCUUGAGGGUGUGAAUUUAGUUUUUGAAAUUCAAUUAAUUUUCUGGAAAAUUGUAUAAGAUUACUCUUAAUUGUCUAUAUGAAUUUGAUCGCCUCAUAUAUGAAUGUUUGGAUUUAAUUCAAUUCUUGUCUAUGGAAUUUGCGUUAAAUUAGCUUGGAUCUUAUACAAGCAAUCUGAUCUUAGAAAUAAGUUAGGAUUGUGAUAAUAUAUUUUAAUUCUUAUCUUUGAGAAUUGAUUUCAUUUUCUAU